AUGGAAAGUUGUUCGUCGGAUGAAGAAAAAGAGUUUUCGUUAAUAUCAGUUAAUUAUGAUGCAUGUGAAAAGAUAUUUAACUCCUUUAUAAAAAAGAGAAAUUAUGUUGGUAUGUCUAUACAUGGAAGAAUAAUGGAUGAAGAAUCAGGGAAUGAAAAAGAUGAAGAAGGAUCAGUUAAAAAUAAAAAACUUGUUUCAUUUGAACAAGCCAUAAUUUCUCGUUCUCCUAAUAAGAAAGAAGAAAAGGAUGAUGAUGAUGAUAAUGAUGAUAAAAACAAAAACAAAAAUAUAAAAAAAUUUAAGAAUGAUGAUCAUAUCAAAAUUUCAAUGAUUGAAAAAAGAAAAAGUGAUGUCUUGUUAAGGAAAAAAAUAUCUAAUAUUUAUAAUGAUUCUAAAUAUAACAAUUUCAUGGAUGCAUUUAAACAACAAGAACUUCAAAAAAUUAAAGGAUUUCAUUAUUUUUACAAAUGGAAUGUCGCUGCAAGCAUUUUAUUUAUUUUAGUAAUAAUUUUUAUAUUAAUUGGACUUUUCAUAUAUUAUGAAUCGAGUCAGGUAAUUGAGGUAAAUAUAGCUUAUGAGUCAGGUGAUACAAAUAAAAUUUUUCAAAUAACAGAAGAAAUGAAACAACCAGUAUAUAUAUAUUAUAAAAUAUCAAAUUUUUAUGUAAAUUUUAAAAAUUUUUUAUCAGAUGAAUCACAUUCAUUGGUUAAUGAUUGUAAGUGUAAAUAUAUAAAAACUUUUGAAGAUAUUUAUAAAUUUAGGUGUGUUGACAGUAUUCAAACUUUGCCUGAAUUAAAUGACAAUUUAGGAAUAAAUGAAAAGCAGAAAAAUAUUUCAAGAAAUAAUCAAAUAUGUGAUAUUAAUUCCGUGAAUGAUUAUGAAAAAAAGAAAAUUAUAUAUCCUUGUGGUUUAGUAUCUGCAUCAAUUUUUAAUGACAAAAUUAAUCUAUCUGCAAAUACGGAACAAUUUAAUAUAGAUAAAUUUCCUGUUGUUAAUUAUUAUGAUUUUUUUUCCUAUGUUAAAAAACAUAAAAAGUUUUCUUCAAAAUAUAAAAUAUGGUUGAAUACAUUUUCCCCUGAUUAUAAAAAUUGGUUUAGCCCUCCUAUGACAUCUUCAUUUAUUAAGCCAUAUGGAGUGAUUAAUGAAAACUUAAAACCUGGCGAUAAUUAUAAAAUAACAUUUACACAAAAUACAUGGCCAGAUAAAUACUGGAAAGCAAGUAAAUCUUUUCAGUUAGUUUCAUUAAGGGCUGUUGGCAAUGGUACAUAUGAAUUAGCAUAUGCUUUUUUUUUAUUAGCUUUAAUUUAUUUUAUUGUCAUAAUUAUUAUGUUAAUUUUAGUUAAGUGCGGAUACCGUAAAUUAGGUAAAACACUUUCCUACUGUAAAAUCUCUAUCAAUAAAAAUAUAGAAAAAACAUUUAGUCGUAUGAAAUCUAAUAUGCAAAAUGUAAGGAGAAUGAAAUCAGGCCAUAUGCCUAUGGGGAAGCAAGGCAGCAAAAAUAGCUCUUUCGAUAGUGCUGCAAUUGCUGCAAACAUUGUACAGAAGAUGUGUCUGUGCCCCCUGCACUAG